CACAAUCUUCUACAAUUUCUAAACCUUGCAGUAUCACGAGAUUGAUUUUGCAAGAAAAAGAGAGGACAAAUUUCAAAACUAUUUUUCAAAAUAGAUAUGAACGCCAUUUUUUCGAAUCCACUGCAUACCGCAAAUGUUAAUUUUGCGGUGAAAGAUUCGUAAGAAUAACUUGAUGCGUCGGGGGGAAAGGAGGAACAACCGGAAACGGCAAUCGGUGAGCUUCUCUGUACCAUUUUUUCCGAUUCCUGAGGUUGGAGUUUCAUCAAUCUGAGCCCAGAAGAAGGAAAUUCAGAGCUCAGGUUUAGAGAUAUAAUCUGUCAAGAUGAAUAUCUUUAGAUUAGCGGGUGAUAUGACUCACCUGGCAAGCGUUCUCGUUUUGCUCCUCAAGAUCCACACCAUCAAAUCCUGUGCUGGUGUUUCUUUGAAGACUCAAGAGCUAUAUGCAAUUGUUUUUACUACCCGCUACUUGGAUAUCUUUACCGACUUCAUAUCUCUGUAUAAUACGUUCAUGAAGUUAAUAUUCUUGGGGAGUUCGUAUUCAAUUGUUUGGUAUAUUAGACGCCACAAGAUUGUUCGUCGGUCAUACGACAAGAACCAAGACACUUUUCGCCAUGUUUUCCUUAUCUUACCUUGUAUUGUAUUGGCCCUGCUUAUCAAUGAAAAAUUAACAUUCAAGGAGGUUUUGUGGGCAUUUUCUUUGUACUUGGAAGCGGUUGCCAUCCUCCCUCAGCUUGUACUUCUACAACGAACAAAGAAUAUUGACAAUUUGACCGGGCAAUACGUAUUUCUUCUUGGUGUGUAUCGAGCUUUGUACAUUGUCAACUGGAUCUACCGAUACUUCACUGAGACUCACUUUGUCCACUGGAUAAGCAACUUGGAUUUCAGGGCUUGUGCAAACGCUACUUUACGCAGACUUCUUCUAUUAUUAUUUUCAGAGUUGGAAGACCAACCAGAAACUCCAGUUGCCAGCUUAAGAUCUCGAAAGGAUAUAUAUAAAGGAGAAGUCACUUUCACUCUAAUGCUGUACUCUCGUGCAUGAUCCAUUCUUCAUGGUGGUGUUGUAAUUGAAGAUUCUCGUACCUAUAAUGCAAUCUUUUACUUAUAUAUGUGCAACUUUUUACUUAAUAUGUGAAGAUAAAUGUCUAUAAUUAUUGGUGGCAUAGAGAUUGCAGUGGAAAACGACUCGAGAAUAUGGGAAGAAUAUGGGAGGGCAUGAACCUUGUUGUAAAGAUAACGUUGGAGAAGAAUCUGGUCGGUAGGCAUGAACUUGAGACCAACUUGUUUACACAAAAUGAGAAUCCUUUGACAUUA